AACAAGAAGAAGUCGCGCUUGCGCUCGUGCUGCCCUGCACGCUGGACUCAGCUCGCUCUCGAUACGGAACAGCCUCUUCCUACUAGCAGCUCCUAGUACUAAUAGCAAAGAUGGCGGCAGCAGCGAAUCGCGGUGUCCCGUAUAGCACCCUUUGUCCCAAGUUUCUUCACACCAACUCCACAAGCCACACCUGGCCUUUCAGUGCUAUAGCUGAGCUCAUAGACAAUGCCUAUGAUCCAGAUGUCAGUGCCAAGCAGUUUUGGAUUGAUAAGACUAUGAUCAAAAAGGAAGAAUGCCUGUCGUUUAUGGAUAAUGGAAAUGGACUGGACUAUGAAACUAUACAUAAAAUGCUCAGCUUUGGAUACAGUGACAAAGCUGCUGUCAAUGGUGUCCAGCCAAUUGGAAUCUAUGGCAAUGGCUUCAAGUCUGGAUCGAUGCGUCUUGGCAAAGAUGCCAUCGUCUUUUCUAAGUCAAAAAGCACGGCAUGUGUUGGGAUGCUCUCACAGACCUACCUGGAAAAGAUUGGUGCUACACAAAUAAUUGUACCAAUUGUUUGCUUUGAGCAGACAAGAUCAAAUCAAUUCUUUGUAAAAGACAAGUACAAAGCCAGCCUGCAGGACAUCCUGAGCUAUUCCCCUUUCACAACUCAGGAGGAGCUUAUCACUGAACUCAAUGCCAUCAGUCACCCUUCUUGCCCAGAAAACACCGGUACACGGAUCAUCAUCUGGAGCCUCCGCAGGACAACUAAUGGGAUGUUGGAGUUUGAUUUUGUGAAGGAUCGUUAUGAUGUUCGAAUUCCAGACGAUGUUUGUGAGGCCAUGAAGAAUAGUAAUCAGAAUCCAGACAGGGCAGCAUCAUACAUCCCUGAAAGUGUUUACUCACUGCGGGCCUACUGCAGCAUUCUGUAUCUAAAGCCUCGGAUGCAGGUUGUCAUACGUGGUCAAAAGGUGAAGUCUCAGCUCAUUGCCAAGAGUCUGGCCAGCCGCAGAAAGGACUACUACAAACCUGUUUUUCUGGACAAAAAAAAGAUUACUAUUACUUUUGGGUAUAACACCAAGAAUAAAGAGCAGUAUGGCAUUAUGAUGUAUCACAAGAAUCGUCUCAUCAAAGCCUAUGAACAUGUCGGCUGUCAACUAAAGGCCAACAACCAAGGUGUUGGGGUCAUUGGAGUAAUAGAGUGCAACUUUCUGGAUCCUACCCACAAUAAGCAGAGCUUUAUUGAGUCAGACAAGUACAGGAAAACUAUGAGUAAUCUAGGGACCAAACUGGAGGAGUACUGGAAAGAAAUGCGUUACACAUGGAACAGUAAACAUCCAAACAGCACUAUAACAGUAGAAGACGCCAUGAAGCGACCAGAUCAAAACUGGGUGCAGUGUGAUCAAUGUUUGCAAUGGCGCAAACUCCCAGAUGGGAUAGACUGUAACAAACUCCCAGAUAAAUGGUUCUGUUAUAUGAAUCCUAAUCCUCAAUUCAGGAGCUGCAGUGUGCAGCAAGAGCUUGAGGACUCUGAUGAUGAGCAGACCACAAACCGCAAGACCUAUAAACUAAAAGAGAAGGAGAACAAAGAGAAGGAAAGACAAAGGGAGGAGGCGGCACGAAAACAUCAAGAACAGCAGCGUCUCGCUGCCCUUUCUAAUAAAAAGCAUAUUACACAGCAAAAAGAAAAGCUCAAAUGGCAGCUACAGCAAACCACUAUGGAUUGCCCUUCCACUUCCCAAACCCCAAGAUUUACCAUGGAUUCUGUACAGGGGGGUGCUGCAAGGGCUGAGUCCACCCCACUGACGUCCUCCAUUAUUUCUCAGGCUGCCUUUAUCCCCUCCAGUUACAGUGGUCUUCCAGUGAUCACUGAUGUAUGCUCUCUGUCACCAGACCACCAGAGGGGAAAACGAGCACAACCUGUUACUCCACAAACAACACCCAAAAGACCAAGAGUAAAUAUUUUACAGCAGCUCACUUCAGGUACCCCCUCAUCAGUGAAUGUGAGCCCACUACCCUCCCCAUCAAUGCCUGCUGAUCAUAACUCUGCUGAUGAUGACAUUGUCAUCUUGGAGACUCUCAGUACUCCCAAGCCAAAGAAGCCUGACUAUGAUUUAAAUAAAGUAAAGACGGAGAACCAGCAAAGUGACAGGGAUGUUGGUAUGGUCAUGGAGUGUACCGAUGAUGCUGCAGUGGAAGUCAAAUUAGAGACAAAUGUUUCAGGAACAAGCUCUGCAGGGUCGCCAGCUGCGGCAAGCAGUCCCUCACCAGUGCCUCCUACAGAGCAAACCAGUGCCACCACUCAGACAGAAGUGUUACAAGUGAAGAAGGAAGAGAAUGACCAAACUCAAACUGAGGAGAGAGCAGGUCAGAGUACAUCUAAUAAAGAUGCUCUGUAUGAGAAACAGGAAGGGGGCACCCUGCAAAAGGGAGUAAAAGAUCCUCCGGAAAGUGAUGAUGCAGUCUGGGAAGAUACCCGUGAUAAUCAAUUCUCCCCACCUCACCAUGCCAGUAUCACAGAGGUACAACAACAACAAGACCAGCUCCUGCAGAUGAUGCAAGAGACUGCUCAAGAGAGAGACUCAUUUAAAGAACAGGUUACUAACCUGACAUGCCAACUGAAGGACAUGGAGAGAAAGCUGCAGGAACUGUCUCAAGUCAGUGUAAAGAAAGAGUGCGAUCACCAGGAGACCCAGACAGAGGAGACCAUGGAAAACGAGGGUGGGGGGAAGUACAAAAUUAUGCUUGAGAAAGCCAAAAAGAAAAUUGAAGAAUUGAUUGAGGAGAAACAUGCUUUACUAGCGGCUACUGGGCGCAUGGCCAGCACUAAUCCAGGCGAGGAAACGGAUGACCUUGCCCUUCAACUGGAUCGUCUGCUCAGGGAACUGGAUCAAACAAAUAAGGAGAAGGACGAUCUACUUGCACAGUUGGCUAGUCUGGAGAAGGAAAGAGCAAACCUGGCAUCUGAGUGUGAAAACCUUAGAUUGAGCCACCAGCACAAGAGAGAAAACGCACAAGAUGGGAACGUAACUCCAGAAAGAGCCACUGGUUCCUCUAUACAGUCUGACCUGCAAGAGGCAGGAGGGAGAGACGCAGAUCCUAGCUUUGAUACUUUAAAAAGGUUUAGGGAACUCCGGGAGAACAUCGGACGCCUUCUUAUCUCAUACGUGCCAGAUCUGGAAGAAAACUACAACAGCAAUAUGGUGGAUGAGUUUCUGGAACACAUAGCCAUGCAGCAGUCUGCAUCUUUGUCAUCAGGGGUGCAAGCAAGAAAUCAGUGUGAAUAAAUCAGAUUACAGACUUACGAUCUGUACUCUGCCUGUAAAUAUGUAAGACAGAUUACUGUGAAUCAUAACCUUUUGAGGUACAUAUUUAAAGAUUUUUAUAUUUUUGUGCAGCUCUGCACUAUAUUUGUAAAAGCAAUAAAAUAUACCUAAAUAUACAUGCACAAGUACAUUUCAGAAAACA